AUGGCCAUGUCUCAGAAACCUCGCCACGAUAUUCUCCUAGGAUCCUGGUCUCUCCUCGAGUGCAAGACGACAGACCUGAAUGGAAAGGAGACAAACUUUCCCAUGGGCCAGUCGCCCCGUGGACUUCUGAUGUAUACCACCGACGGAUACAUGUCCGCCCAAUUACUGAGCCAGUCACCCGAGACGCGGCCAUCCACUGAGUUCUCGGUCACAGACUUUGUUGCCUACUCAGGCCGGUUCGAGGUCGUCCAGCUUCCUAAGGAUGGGAACUGCCUGCGCGUGAACCACUUGGUCGCUGUAGCUUCUUUUCCGGACUGGAUUGGUCAGGUUCAGAGUCGAAUCGCCAGGUUCAAUGAUGAGGAAGGACUGAUGGAGCUCAGCACUGCUAGUCCCAUAUUUCUGGCGGGAAGGCAAUGCCACGCAACUCUCCAAUGGCGUAAAUCUUCCACCGCAGGAGGAACUGAGGCGAGUGGAGACUUUACGUCCGUGGUUUAA